CCGGCGCGCGCGUGCGCGUGCGCGGGGGACGCCGCGGAGGUGGAGGGGGCGACGGCAGGCCCAGCCCCCGGUCGUAGCGCCCGGGGCGGCUCCUCUGCGAGCCUGGGACCUCCGCGCUCCCGCUGCCGCCGCCGCCACGCGCUGGCGUGACUCCCGGCCGGUGCCGCGCCCUCCCACGUCUGCAGCCGGCUCGGCUUCCUGCCCGCCCAGACGCCGCUUCUCCUGGAAUCCGGGUCUGGGCUCCGCGGAGGGAGAGGAAAUGAGUGCGGCGGCCUCGGCGCCCGAGCGGGGUUGGAAGAGCGAGAAAGUGGACGAGGCUCAGGCCCUGGCGCGGAGCUGCGCUGCCCGCAGACCCGACUUCCAGCCGUGCGAUGGGCUCUCCAUCUGUGCCACGCACAGCCAUGGCAAGUGCUUCAAGCUGCACUGGUGCUGUCACCUAGGAUGGUGUCACUGCAAAUAUGUGUAUCAGCCUAUGACCCCUGUGGAACAGCUUCCAAGCACUGAGAUUCCUGCAAAGCCUCGGGAACCCACAAACACCAUUCAGAUCUCAGUGUCACUCACUGAACACUUUUUGAAAUUUGCAUCUGUCUUCCAGCCUCCCCUCCCCCCUGAUUCGCCAAGGUACUGUAUGAUCUCAGACCUCUUCAUCGACAACUAUCAGGUUAAAUGUAUAAAUGGGAAGAUGUGUUAUGUGCAGAAGCAGCCAGCGCCACAUUCCCACAAAAUGAGGCCUGAGGAGGUCUCUGCACACGAUGCCUUAAUUUCAAAAGAGAGCAAUACACCAAAAAUAGAUCACUGCUCUUCUCCCUCAAGUUCUGAGGACUCUGGGAUCAAUGCGAUUGGGGCUCACUAUGUGGAAUCAUGUGAUGAGGACACAGAAGAAGGAGCGGAACUGAGUUCAGAGGAAGAUUACAGCCCAGAGAGCAGCUGGGAGCCGGACGAGUGCACCCUUCUCUCCCCAUCGCAGUCUGAUCUGGAAGUGAUUGAAACAAUAGAAACCACCGUGUGAGAGCCCGAGCAGGAGGCCGAGACCUCUGAUCCAUGUGGGGCUUUUGUACUUUCGUCUGAGGGAUGCUUUUCCAGUGCAGUUGGUAUUUUCUACCCCUCUCUAGCAACCAUAGCAGUUCAGUGGUCUGCUGAUUAGCUUCACUCUGAAAUUAGUCUUAACUAAGAAAUUCUUUUUCUUAGUUUUUUUUUUUUGUAUCUUGACUUAUUUUCUAUGUAGCAUCUGGUGUCAUAAAUUGUGACCCAGCCUUAAUUUCCUUGGCAACUUUGAAAGUGAUGAAGCAAUGAUUGCGGAGUGCCAUGGAUGGUUGAGGAGCUACCUAGAGUGAAGGAGACUAUGUUUCCUAAAUAGCUGGUUCCUUGAAGAAAAACGCCCGACAUUCCUUUCUGACAUGCUGACAGGCACCCUUGUCCUGCCAGCCCCCCGUCGGCAUCGGCUCCCUUGUGGGGAGGGGAGUGUGCCCUAGUAGAGGCCAUUCUGCCCCCUUUCCCUUCCACUCACCUCCUGCACAGAUCUGGGCCAGUGUUGCUUCAGCUCACUUCUGAGAGGUUACUGGAGGUCAGCUUAGCCCCCAGUGGCCAGUGGCCUGCAUGGCUCCAUGACCUGAGGCUGAGCUAGAUCUUCAUUUACAAAGACGUGACCUCUUCAGUUUCAUGCUCAAUCUAGUUUUAGCUGAGCCCCUACACUCUGUAGGGUGCGGAUACAGGAUGAAUAAGACCUGACUCCCAGCAUGAAGGGGCCCACAGUCCAAUAGGUGAGAUGACUUAUGUAGGUAAUGGUACCCAGAAUGCUCUGUGAACCCCGGGGAAGGAGAGAUGCACUUGUAGCUGGGGAACACAUUACAGCAUUUGGGCUGGCCUCUUGGGUGGGUCCCCUGGCAUUUCUCUGCUUUUCUUAAUUGUUCUUCAGUCUGGGGUAGACUUUUAGGAAGUUAUAUAGGUAUUAGAUUUAGGAGGCAGCCACAUCUGACAUCCUAAAAAAAUAAAAGUAGUUUUAGUUAGCAUGGAAAUGCUAAAGACAGUAGUCCUUUAGGGAUUAGGAAUGAAUCUAAUAGGUUUGAUUAAUUCUGCUUCAUUUGGUUGUAUGAAGCAUUAGAAUGGCUUAGGUGAGAAAUGGAUUAGAAUUCAGUAUGAUGCAUGGAUUUUUUUAUGCAAAUGCAAAAGCAGUUGAAAUAGUUCACUGCUAAGUCAGGAGAAAUAUUUUGUGGAAUACUUACUUUUACUACAGUAAUAUUCAUGGUCUGUUGUACAUGUUCUCUUUUCUCACACAGAAUAGUGAAUAACUCUUAUUUAGCUCUCUUCAGAAUCCUACUCCUAAUCCCCAUUUAUACCAGGUGUUUUUGUGUGAGGUGAUUGUCUGCCAUUUCUCUAAAUCUGCUCUCUGUGUGGCAUAGUUAAGGAUCCAGGAAAUUUAAAAUAUGGCCUAAUGAAACCAGAACUAUCAAUGUUGGAAAUAGAGAAAUACUUCUUAUGUCCUAACCCUCCAUGAGCCUGCUCUCAGGGUAUCUCAUGCUCUGUCAGCAUUAAGGCACAUUACUUCUGUGUCACAUUCAUUUGUAUUUUAAGAAGUGAGAGGCCUGUUGUGUUUUUCCCUGAAGCCUCCAUUUGGUAUCCUUCACAAAUCACCAGGCAGAAUCUGCUUUUCUAGUUGUAUAUGUAUGUAGUCCAAGUGAUGGGCUACAACACUGUUAGGUUUUAGGUGCCCAAGACACCUGGAGAGUUUAGAAAGCAGAGUAUGCAUAUUCCUUUGAAAAUAGUAUUAGUUAAAUUUUUCUAGGCUAGAUGAGACUGCAGCGUAAAGUUCCCACUUACUGAAAUGUAAAGGCUCAACACGAUAAAACCAGUAAGGUGGAGAGAGGAUCUGCAGGAACAGCAGGGCCCAGGAGAGGGCAUGCAGAAGUCGGGAGCGGGUGCGAGGCGGUGUGGGAAGAAGCUGCCCAGGCCUGGCCUAGGCCCCGCGGUUCAGGGACAGACAUCCGAUGAGCUGUCUGAGGCUCUCAGCGCCUCCCAUGACCAAGUGCCCAGCCGAAGGCAAGUUCAGAAGCUGAACCGUGAGCCGUGAAGUCAGCCAGUGUGAACUCGGGCUCUAACAGCAACAGCAGGGCCCUGUCUGCAUCUGCCCAGGGGCGAGGUCAUGGAAUCCCUUGGGUGGGCUUUAGGGGGGCCUUCUUCCUCUACAGCACUUCUCUCCACUUGGGCCCACGUUCCCAUCCAUCAAGCCAAUCGGAGCCAACCACCAGGUCUCCGAAGCCAUGGAAACACAUGGUCACAGGGCCAUGUUUCCGGAGCUGGCUGUGUCAGGGCUGGGGCCUUUAUCAGUAAUAUCUACAACUUUUGCCUAGGUUCCUGUUUUUUAAACUCCUGUACUGCCAUUCAGAUUAGCCACGAUUUUAAUGAAAUUUUGGAUUUAAUAAUGGUUGAUAAUCACUUUAAAUGUUUGCACAAUCUCUUUAUAACCAAAAACUCACUAAGCUUCAUUUACUACUAUUUUAUAGAAUUGGAGAUGUUCCAUUGGAUUCUAACUAUCAGAUGCUCCUGGAUCUCAAAAUAGCCUUUUCUAAACAAGCACAAGCUGGAAUUUCUUUGUCCUAGCACUGUUAAUAAUUCUCUGAAAAUCAUGUAUGAUUGAACCAGAAUUGUUUCUUUAUGCCUGCAUUGCAAAAGAACUGAUAAGGAUAUAAAAAUGUGCAGUUUCAACAUAAAUCCUAGGUCUAUUCUGUUCUAUAUUAUAUAAAAUUUCUCUGUAAUCCUGAUAUUAUAUCGCUCAUUUGUAUAAGCAUAGGUAUAGGCACUUUAGAAAAUGUUUAGACUGCAACAUGUAUUGUGGACUAUGUUAACUAGCCUUUUAGUUAAUACUUGUACACUGAGAGAUUGGAAAGCUUUAUAAUUUGGACCUGGUGUGUGCUCACUUGGAGCAAAGGGUUGGGCUGUGUGGAUGGAGAAACUUUCUUGGGUUUUUGUGGAAACUUGGCACCAUUCCCAUUUUUGAAAGUUGGUGUUAAAGCUAUUAGAAGAUAGAAAAUAAGUACUGUGUGGAAUUUAGCUUUCUUAUUGGAAGAUUUAUUUUAGAAUUUUCAAGUUUCAAAUAUGCUCAUAACUUUUCUGAGAAAUGGCAAAGCAAUUAAAAUACCCUUAUGGUUAUGACUAUUUGGUACAUUAAUAAAUAAGGCUUUACAAUCAAAUCUAGGUAUUUUGUACCUUGUAAUUUUCAAGAUUUGAAAUGAGAAUUUGAGGAAAACUCCAAAGGAAAACAGUUGCUUUCCUGGAAAAAGAAGACUUGUUCUUCAAGGUAAUAAAAUGUAAAUUAAAACCACGAAAACCAGGACAGAACCCUGAAGUUCUUGCUCUGAUGUACCUUUUAGAUUUGAUCUAGGAUUUAAUUCUAUCCUGGGGGAGGUGGUUUUAUUUCUUAACCUCUACUUACUGGUCUGUUUGAAACAUCACAGUUCUUUUCUGAUUGAGCAUAACAAACUCCUUUUACAUAAAUUUCUCUAUUUGGGUAAUUUAGAAAUCUGCCAAAAUACUGAGAUAUGUUUGGCAGUAUAAAUACUACGCAAGAAAAAAAGCACAAGUUAAAAUAGUAUUUAUAGUCAGCUCUUGAUUAUGCCAUUUCAUUUGCAAAAUUUUAUUAACAUAUUUUGGCUUUUUACAUGAGGAGAAUACAAAAUUGUAACAAUUUUCUUUCCUGUUCCCCUCUCCAGAGGAGGUGUGAGCCAGAAUUAAGGAGGCCUUUUCGGCUUUUCAGUAAGUAGUAUGUGACUGUGUCUCUUCCCACUGAGGAGGGGGGAAAAGGAGGAAGUCUGUGCAUUCCUUCAGGGCUGUGACUCCAGAGAUGUCCGUAUUUCUCGCAUCCAAACUAAGGACAACAGCACGUCUCAAAAUUAAAUUUUGUAAUUGUCUACUUUUUAAAAACUACAAAAAGUCACUGUUCCCGUCAUCAUUAAGGAUAAUUGAUAGUUGUAUUAGGAAAGGGCCAUGUUUCUGUUAGUGCUUUGAGUGCUUUCUUCCAUUAAUGUGGGAGCGGUGCCCUUUUAUAGUCUGAACAACUCUGAAAGCAAAUCAUUGCUAGAGGUUUAAUAUGGAGCUUUCAUACCAUCGUGUCCAUAUACACUUUUUAAGGCUGUGCAUACCUUGCAAUAUUCAUUUACUGUGCUGUUUUUUAAACCUUUGUUUUAAAGUUUUAAGUGCAAUGUUGAUUCUUCUGUAAUUUCCUAAAAGUAUAUUGUUUUCCUACAGACAGUUCAACUUUCCUUUUAUGUAUAAUACUUAGGGAAAUACUACCUUAUAAAAUAAAUGUGAAUUUUUUUUUCAUUUUUUUUACCAGCACAAAUAUGAUAUUUUGGAGUUUGGGACAUUCUUUCCCUUCUCUCCCCUCCUUGGAGAGGUUCUGAUUCAAAUAACAAUAGUGUAAACUAAACAAAACCCACAUUUAUAAAAUGUGAAAAAUUUAUGUCGAGUGCUUACUUUGUGCAAGCAAAUAAGCGGUUUACAUCAUUAUCCUAUUUAAACUUUUCAAAAACCUUAUGAAGUAUCAGGCAAAUAUUACUAUCCAUAACAUACAUUCAUGGUCACUGCUUAUAACUCCCAGAACCUUUUGUAAUAAGAACAUUUUUGUUGCUACAUUAGGUUUAUACAAAUAAACCUUACCUUCCCCACAAACAGUAUUUAUGUCAUAUGAAGUCAUUGUGUUCAGUUCCUAUGUGUCCUGACAGACGGUUGUUAGCAGCUGGUCCUCAGGGCUGCCGACACCUGGUCACCAAGGCUUGGGUCCAAACCUCAGCGAGGCAGAUCUGGGAGCUCAAUUUUUAAAUUCAGCGCACUCAGAAAGAAGAGUUUCUUUUUUGGUUGGCUUUUAUUGAAUGACCUUACUCUAGGGACUGAUUAAUAAAUUCAUUUAUUGGUUAAUAAUAUCAUGGUUAAUAUUAAUUAUAGCUCAACAGCUACCUAACUGCUUUCUAUGGUAAUCUUCCCAGCAUCCCGCAAGGAAGAUUUUAGCAUCCCCAUUUCACAAACCAGGAGAAGAGCCCCAGAAGGAAAACCCUUUGCCCAGAGUGGCACAGCUUCUAAGUAGUGAGAGUCAGGAUUGGAACCCAGUCACUGGGGCUCCAGAACUUGCACGCCUGGGCCUUUGCCUGCCUCGCCCACUCUUGCAGCCUCCUUCUUACUCUCAGGGUACCUGGAAGCUGAGUCAGGAGGCUACUGAGUGAGCCUGGGAGAGAGCAAAGGGUGUUCCCUUCUCAUCCCCAACACAGAACGCCUUCCCACAGGCUCCUUCCUCACCCAGCGUAGCUUCACUUCAGGUGGUGGUGGAGAAACACCAAAAGGCUUUCUUCCUCCCCCUUUUCUGUGAUCCACACAGACCUCCCCCAACAUGUAGGCACAUACACACACUCUUUCUGCAAGUAUCUCAGUGCUUUGAUGAGGCCAUUACUUAUUCCAUGUUUAGUCAAACCUUGACUAGCAUUCUAGGCUAGCUCUUUCUGCCUUCACAAAAGCUAACUUGUUUUUUUAAAGUGACUUCUGCAAGCAGCUAAUCUCAUCUGUGUGUGCAUUCUACUAAUUUAACGCUACCUAAUUGUAUUGCCAACUUCUAGAAGGCAUUUCAUUGUAGCCUCUUAACAAAGGCUGACUGCAUACACUUUUACUCGCAAUAAAUUUUAAUUUAGCAUCUUAUCCUCAUUACAGUUCAAUCACUGGGAACUGGGGAUGCCUUCAAGCUUUAGUGUGCCACCCCAGUUCUGUGCUGAAUGAAGUGGGUAAGACAGGACCUCAGGGCCCAGGCUCACUGCAAUAGGAUUAAAGAAGGGGCAAUUUGAGGUCAGAAGGAAUUCUUCAGGAACCAGACAGAUCCUGGAAUUUGACGGAAAUACAACUGAAAAGCAAGGCAAAGUCAAUACGCCACAGUAUCAGUGAUGGUUUUCUGUUUCCUUUUUCAAACAUUCCUAGACUUUUCAGAUGAACUGAUACUGCUUUAUAAUCAUAAACCCAGUAAGUUAUUUUGAAGAUGAGGCCUCAGACAGGGAGUGAAGGUGGAGCCUGACUUGCUGGGUAUGUGUGAUAGAAGUGGAAAGCCCGUGGGUUUGGUCAGUGGCUCACCAGCUCAUGUGCCUCCUGGACAAGACCCAAGCCUGGGCUGGGGACUGUGUGUCCUGGAACCCUGGCCACUGCUGAGGGGUGACCCCCUCUCAGCUUCCAACCAUGGCUGGAAAGUCUGUGUGCCAGAGGGUUGAAGAAAGGGGAGAGGAUUUGUUUUGUAUGGUCUGUCUCAGUCCCCAGCCCAAAGCUGUGUGUGUGUGAAUUUGGAGAUGGGACAUAAGAAAAAUUGGGCUCUGGUAGGACAUCUUAGCCCUAGCCUUUUACCUGGUAUAAAAUCCCAGAUGACUUAUCCUGAGAGAUUGGAAGCAUCACUGCAAGAUGAAGACAGCACCAUAGAUCAGAGAAGCACCAUGUCUGCGUGGGGGCUUACCAAGCAUUUCCCCAGAAGUCAGCUUAUCUGCUGUACUCAGCAACUCUGACCGGUAGGUGGGGAACUCAUAGUUCUGUGAGGAUGUGGCUGAAGCACCCAAGCGCUAAGCAGGUCAGUCAGUCUUACACAGCAGGUAAGUAACAGGCCUGGGCAGCAAGCUUCUGUUGAGUCCAACUCCAGCUGCUGUUCCUUCCUCACUGUUGAGCCUGUGCAGUCAGACCCUGCCCUGCCCUGCUCCUGUUUAGGUCUGUUCCCUCUGCUCUACCUCAAGCAUCUGUCUCUUCCCCACAAUGGAGGUCCCGAGGCUGUCCCUGAGACCAGCCCUGGCAUAAGGUGGAGGCACUGAGGAGCCACACUCAGGACUCUGGGUGUCGCUUGAUGUUGCCCUGUGGCCAAGUUGCUCUGGCUUUGUGCCUGUUUGGCUUAACCAGGACUGGGUCUGGCCUGGGACCCAGAUGCUGCCUUGUGCUCAGGUGUGGCCCUGAAUCUAAGGACUCUCUUGGGAAUUGGCCUCAGCUCAUAGCACUUUUGGUAUUAAAAAGCGUGUGCCAUCUCCUAGUCCUGGAGUGAGGCCUUUGAUACCAACUGCUUCCUUCAACUAUUGAGUGUCCUCAGUCAUCAUGGACUUGCCUCCUGGGGCCAUUCUAUUCAAGGGGAUUGUAUAGACCCUGAAUGUCUGAUAACCCAGCCAUGAACAUCUGAUAUCUGCCUUAACCAGGUGCAGUAGACAAAGGACUGAGUUUCAGCUCUCAUUUUAGGAAUCUGCCUGUAAGAACUGUGGUACCAAAAUUCACAAAGAAAAAUGUAGGCAUACCCAUGUAUCUGCAGGACCUGGAAAAACCAUCACAGCCUUUCCACAGUUGCCACUCUAAGAGGCCACACAGAUCAGGAGACCUUGGAAAGCCUUGGAUGGGAGGACUGCACUGUGUCUGGAGGGGUGCGUGGGACUGGCACAGAGAUCCACAAAGCCUGUUUAACCUGGGAAUCUAGAAUAAGGAGAGGUGACUCUAACAUGAUUUAGGGGCUGCACUGAGUAUAUGGGGAGGAUAUUAGGGACUUGGGUUUCCUAAGUAAACCAAGGCCUUAGAUGAAUGUAGGGUCCACAGUGGGUGUUUCUUGCCAGUUCAUCUAGAGGUCAGUGUAAGGUAAGUGGGUCCAACUAGAAUUCACUGGGGUCCUUUCAGAUUACUGGGGGUCCAAAGGGGUCAGUUCUGCCCAAAAAAAACUUAUUCUCACCCAGUAACAUAUCCAUGAGUUACAGCCAAGCCGUGAAUUCCUG